AUGGCUGAGAGCUUGAAAAUCACUAUCACUAAUAACCUCAAAAAUGCUUUAGUCGAACGAUAUGAAGUGGCCAGCAAAGGACUAACUCCCCCCGCCCUCCGUGAGUGAAUAAAGCCAUUAGAAAAAUCGCUAUUUUUUGCCCAAAAAACCCACCCUCCGUGAGUGAACAAAAAUUUUUUUAAUAGAAAAACAUUUUGAUAUAUAAAUGAUAAUUAGUAUAAUGAAAUCUAGAGCUAAUUCUGUUUAAUUUUAAAUGAAUUGCUUUUUAAAACAUAAAUUUUAUAAAUUAAAUUAAUAUUUGAUUUCAAAUUUUUGCGAAUUAGAUUUUUUUAAAUUUCGAAAAAACAUAUUUUUUAUAAAAUUAUUUUAAACAAAAAAAUUAACACCCCUCCGUGAGUGAACUAAUUUUUUUUAUUCACUUACGGAGGGGGGGAAUAAGAGGCUCACGAAGAGAUGAAAAAGAUGGGAUUUUAAAAAUCGGACGAGGAAUUUCCGAUGAGUGGGGCAAUGCAAUUAAUGACAUUUGCUUGAGCUCAGAUGAUAGUGCUAUUAGUAGAAAACACUGUGAGCUUGAGUACCAGUUUGGAUUUAAAGGAACUAUUCCUUUAAAUUUCUUUAACUUCUUGCUUGCAAGGCUCCCCAAAAAUGAGUCUAGAUCAGUCUGAUAUAAUUUGCCUAUAGAAAUUUAUUAUAUUUUAAGUAUUAUUUAAUUAAAUUUUUUAAAAAAAAAUAAAAGCACCAUUUAUUAUAAAAAGCAUGUAUAUUGAUAUUUGAAUUUUUUAAAGAGCCAACUGGCUUUUAUGCUAAAGAUUUAGGAAGCAAAUUUGGAACAUUUAUUAGAAUCGGUGACGAAGGCGUUGUUUUAAAGUCUAAUUAUGGUUUCAGAAUUGGCGAAUCUGCAGAAUUCUCUAUACUUGAAUGCCAAUAUACUCAUAUAGAUUAUACAGAUCGCUUUUUCCGAGGAAUCAGUCGAGGCGAAAAAGUUUUGAUUCAUCAAGACUACGUGCAAUAUGUUGAUAUGGAUAGAAGCGAUUACCCAGCUGAUGAAAAACCUGGAUUUCCCUAUUUAGAUAUAAGAAUUAAAGAUGACUCGACAACUAAAGAAAGGUGAUUUAAAGUUAUAGCAACUGAAAAGAAAUCAGUAUUUACUAUUGGGAGAAGCGAAGAAGCUGAUAUGCCGAUAGAUCAGAGCAGCAAAAUGGUAUCAAGGAUCCAAUGUGUGCUGAUAUAUAGCCUUAAAGACCAAGAAUGAAGGCUCACUGAUGGGGAUGGGGCAAAUAAAAGCUCUAAUGGGACUUGGCUGAAUCUUCAAUAUUACCAAGAGCAGAACCCAUUAGGGACUCUGAAGCCGAAAUCAAUGAAAUUAGCACUCCCAAAUAAGUGCGAAAUGAGGAUAUCACAGCAGUUUUUAACGUUUGAGUUGACGAAGAAUAAUCAUGAUGCCAAAAAAGAGAUAACCUUGAAAAAGAGGGUAUAA